GUAGAUUUUAUUUUUUAAUGAAAACAUUUUGCUAAACAUCAGCAUAAAUCAAUACGAGCUACUGUGUCCUUAAUGCAACCCUAAAAUUCUUCCUUUCGGCUACCCAUAUGACAUUUUGUAUGUAAACAUAACCAAAAAACAGCAGCGCCUUUUAAAGUUAACAUAUUCGACAUAAAUGAAUUAAAAUUAGUUAAAUAAUCAAAAAGCUGCUAUAGUAAUGGAUCAAUUGUACGUGGAAAUUGAAAUCACUACCCGUAAUGAUAAUACAGAAAUAUACAGCAGCAUUGAGUCAUUUAUGGCUUUAUAUAUGUAUCGGUAUUUGCAAUCACCUUCGAAUAUAAAAUUGAAUUUUGUGAGAACAACAAUCCAGGGGGGCAAGCUGCGUCUACAUACCGAAUCGUUAAAGCGUGAGUUGACAGAGGAAAAGAUCCAUCGCAAAGAAGCAACAAGUGUAGAGGCUAUCAAAGACCUCAGACUACCAAUUUACGUAAAAGAUGAAAAUACCUAUAUUGCGGGUAUGUGCGCUGUCUGCAGAGAACUUGUUGCACGACAAGAAUGCCCGGAGCGCCGUAAAUUACUUGGAUUCAAAGGUGCUUGCUUAUUAGCACCAGCGGAGUCCUCAAUUUGGACACGAUUCUGCGAAGUUGACGUUGUGGCUGCACUCAAUCGGUUGUUGAGUACACUAACUGCCGGCGAAACGUUGGAGGAUAUACCAAAGGAAGUAUCGCGCUUCGAAAGACACAUGAAUGAACCUGUGCGGAUGCAUAAUAUUUACAAAACAGCACGUGAACAACAUGCACAGCACCAAAAGUUGAAUAAAAAUGGGUCGAAAAAGUGUAAAAAAGUUGUAUUUGACAGCAGUGUACCUAAGGAACAAUUGCCUAUUGAGCAUCGAUUUGCUGAAGGCAUUAGUUUUACUAUAGCUGAUAUCAUUUUAUACACCUUAAUGCGUUUAAUAUUCAAACAUUGUGUUGGGAUGCUGGUACAUUUUCCAUUAAUUAAUACUUGGUUAACUGAGAUCGACACUUUUGAUACCAAGUGCAGCUAUAUGUUAAAUGAAUUAUAUUUGCAUGAAGAGAAAAAUCAAACCACAAUUUUACUUAGCAUACCAGACUGUGAGCCUGCUAGUCUCUAUAAAAGCGAUCCGAAACGUUAUAAGCCACGCAGUCGUAUUUUUACUGAACAAAGUGAAGUAGAUGCGGCGUUGAAUAAGUUGGAAAAGUUGCAAUUACAGUUUACAAGUGAUUCCGCGACCACUUAUGAGAAAGAACACAUUAAUUGGGAUGUGAUAGAACCUGAACAUGAAAAGAGCUCUGCGUUACCCCGUGAACGCAUUUUACGUAAACGCCAACAGCUACAAAAUUUAGCUAAUGCAGUCGUUUCGUUAGCAAGACCAGGUGAUAGAAUUGUUGAUUUUUGCAGCGGCACGGGACAUCUAGGCAUAUUAUUGGCUCUGCAAUUGCCCGAUUGUAUCAUUAUAUUAAUGGAGAAUAAAGCAAUAUCUUUGGAGCGAGCAAAACUACGAGCCAUGGAGCUGGGAUUGAAGAAUUGUCGUUUCUACCAGUGCAAUAUUGAUUACUUUGAAGGACAUUUUGAUGUUGGUACGUCUUUACAUGCCUGUGGUACAGCGACGGAUAUAGUUUUACAGCAGUGUCGCCGGUCACGCGCACGAUUCGUUUGUUGCCCUUGCUGCUACGGUUCACUUCAACCGAUGCCGCACAUUCCAUAUCCUUUAAGCGAGCGGUUCCGUACCGUUUUGAAUGAAAGAGAUUAUUUAUACAUAGCACAUACUGCGGAUCAAGCACAUGAGCUGGGUACUUUAAAUUGUCGUCCAGAAACCACACGCCAAGGACAAUUGUGUAUGGAUAUCAUUGAUACCGAUCGCAAACUACAAGCCGAAGAAGUUGGCUAUGAAGUCAUCUUAACAAAAUUGAAGCCAGAACUAUGUACACCUAAAAAUCGUUUGUUGGUUGGAUGUAUUGCCAGCGCCAGCUGACGUGUAAAUGCAGUAGAUUAUCUCAUGCUUAGACUAUUAAUCUGACGAUUUCGGCCAAUUUUAGAAUUAAAUGUGAAGAUGUAUUACA